GGUGGUUUGUUUUUGAAGCUCGGCCGCUGAUUGGCUGUGAGUGUGAGGAAGAGCCGGUUUAAACCGGGGGGGCGGGAGCGAGCUCAGUUUGAAUCAGCAGCAGCUCGGACCAACAACACACUCCAACUCACCAACACACCAACUACAGGGUUAUAGUCCCACAGCAGUAACAGCACCAUCAGUACUCAUGGCCUCCCAGAACAUGGACCCGGCAGCGGCAGCAGCCUCCUCCACAGCCGCCCUGAAGGGCAGUGAGAGCGGCGGCAGCGCGACCAGAGGCUCGGUGUCCAAACGGCUGCAGCAGGAACUCAUGACUCUGAUGACGUCGGGUGAUAAGGGGAUCUCAGCGUUUCCAGAAUCGGAUAAUCUCUUCAAAUGGAUCGGGACCAUCGACGGAGCGCAGGGGACGGUGUACGAAGAUCUCAGGUACAGGCUGUCUCUGGAGUUUCCGGCUGGCUACCCGUAUCAGGCUCCUCGUGUGAAGUUUGUCACUAGCUGUUUUCACCCCAACGUGGACGACCAAGGUUUCAUCUGUCUUGACAUCCUGAAGGACAAAUGGUCGGCGCUCUACGACGUCCGCUCCAUCCUGUUGUCAAUCCAGAGCCUACUAGGAGAACCGAACAACGAGAGUCCUCUGAACACGGCUGCCGCUGAACUCUGGGACGACCAGGAAGCCUUUAAAGCUCAUCUACAUUCGACCUUCCAGAAAUGAGGCAGCUCCACAUUUUCUUCUUCUUCUUCUUCUGUCUUGUCUUCUGUAUUUGUACAAUAUUUUUAUGUUUGUUCACAUUGCUGUAUGAAUAAAGUUCUUAAUUCAAAACACAGA